GUAAUGCGUCUGUAAAUAGACUGUAUUGUAAUCUCGCUCCAGCACAACGUGGUUCCUCUCUCAGUGCCGCUUGUCCUUUUGCAGUUGCAGGUCUGAGUGGGAUAUGAACGACGAACAGGACAGACCCUACCUGUGCAAUGCCCCGGGCUGCUCUCAGCGCUUUCAUUCAGAGGAGCACCUGAUGAUCCACAGACACAAGCACGAAAUGACCCUCAAGUUCCCAUCCAUCAAGGCGGACAACGCCUCCACAGACCAGACUCCAACGCCCACACGAUUCCUGCGGAACUGCGAUGCGGUGGGUCUGUUCAAGGAGAUAGAGGAAGAGUUUCUGCAGGCACAACAAGAGGAGAACAACAAACUGCAGCAACAUCUAAAGCCCCAGCACCAGCUCCCCCCGGAGCCCCGGCAGAGCGGGCCCAGCCUCCACCACCCCCUCACCCAGCCGCUGUCGCACCCCCAGAGCCACGGCCACCUGAUGGCCCCCAGCUGCAGCCUGGCCGCCCACAAGGCUGCUCCCCCGCCCCUGCAGCCCGGCUCCGUGAUCGCCCAGGCCCGCGGCGGCCUCAUGCACUCUGGGCCGGUGCCCGGGCUGCCCUCCUCCCUGCUCCACCCGAGGAGCAGACAGAGACAACCCCUUCCCGCCUCCAUGCCUGGCACCCUGCCAGACCCCGCCAUGCAGGGGGCAUCUGCUCAGCACCUGCCUAUGGAGAGGCAGAUGUCCAGCAUGUUGGGCCUAGCGGGACACGGGAACAGGGCCCCCUGCUCCUCCCCCCAGAGGGGCAAACCGACGCCGAGCCACCACCACCACCACCCCAACCAGCCGCAGCAUCACGGCAUGACGCCCGUCGGCCACAUGAUGGACGUGAUGUCACAGCGGCAGCCGCAGAUGCCCCCGCACCACCCGCACCACCACCACCUCCCCGCCGCGCCCCUCCCCUACCAGCCCCGGUGCCACGGCGCCCUGCCCGGGCAGCAUCCCCUGGGCGCGGGCACCGGCCAUCAGCUCCGCCAGCCGGGGAACGCCCCCCACAGCCAGCCCCAGCACUCGCCCCUGUCCCACCUCCACCACGGCCCCCUGCCGCAGCACGGGUCCCCCCUCUCCAUUGCGUCAGAGCUCUCCCCGGGGUCCCAGCAGAUGCAUUCCCCCCAGCCGUGUCUGCCCCAUCAUGCACUGGGGCAGAGCGGGGGUCGCCGACGGAGGACCACGGAGCACGACCCCGACGAGCGGCGGCAGAAGUUCCUGGAGCGUAACCGGGCGGCGGCCACACGCUGCCGCCAGAAGAGGAAGGUGUGGGUGUCGUCGCUGGAGAAGAAGGCGGAGGAGCUGACACACACCAACCUGCAGUUACAGAACGAGGUGACAUCACUGAGGUCAGAAGUGGGCCAGCUGAAGCAGAUUCUCCUGACCCACAAGGACUGUCCCGUCACCACACACCAGAGAGAGACACAGGGUUAUGCCAAUGCAGGGCUGAGCCCGGGAGGAAGUCCCGCCCUCGCAUGUCCCGGCUCUCAUCGCGGGGCCGUUCAGCACAACAGCAUCUCCACCUCCUCCACCCCCACCACGGCAGGAGGGGACACGGGGCACGACCACCACCCCGGGCGUUAGCCUACAGACGUCCACCUGGCAAAGGGCCCCGCAAGGUCCCCCAGCUCCUCUGUUCCUUCUGACCCCCCAGCCAUGUCCCCAGCCAGGUCCGCCCUGUGGCCUCGGCCGUCCACACCCAUGAACACACUGAACUGGGGGGAGGAUAACAGAGUCUAGAUUAUGUGUGCGAGAGGAGCCAAGA